AUGUGGGGUGCGGUUUGUAUGGGUAUUGUGGUGGUGUGUGUUUGUGUGGUGGGUGCGGUUUGGUUGCGGACGAGUAAUGAAAUAAGCGAGUCGUUGGACUAUCUGGUGCAGAAGUAUUAUCAAGGUGCGGGUAGUAUGGCCGAGUUGGUGGACUUGAUUCAGCAUCAAUUCAAGUGUUGUGGGAAUGCGGGCUGCAGUGACUAUCGCGCAUUCUACAUGGACAUUCCCCGGUCGUGUGACCUUAGAUGUGAGGGGUGCUCGUAUCGAAUUAUGGUUGCGUUGAGAGUAUUAAUGACAGUCUCGUUGGUUAUCGCUGUUUUCGUUGUUUUUAUUGGGGGAAGAAGACGAGCAGUGGAGAGAGUACGUGCGCAGAAAUCGGUUGCUGAGGCUGCAUCGUGA